UUGCCGCUUUUCCGUCUUCGACCACAAGCCGUACCUAGAGGCAUGCGGCCUGACUAAGGUAUGCGGUGCCGGCUCACCCUGGCCCUCACGCCUGACUCGCACCGAAUGUUCUCUCCCAUGUGCGGAGGAGCGAGAAGGCAUGGCAGAAUGGCGCCAGGCGGCGGGGCCGAAGAAGCUGGCUGCAUGCAGCACGUGCCCCCGAUUCGCCCGCCCGAGGAGGAGGGAGGAGGCUGCUCAAGCCCCCCACCAGUCGGCCGCCCCGCACUCAAAACGGACGCGCCUCCCCUCGGGACUCAGCUCUGGCCACGCCGCACCGACGGCGGCGCGAAGCGGAGAGCUGCACCCAGCAAUGGAGGACACCAGGGCGCCUGGCCUCCCCCCGCCUCGGGGCAGGGCUACACUGGCCUGGGCCCGGCGCUCCUUGGCCUCACAGAUCGUGGGCUGCCAUGGACACCUCUGGCAGCACCUGGUUGA